ACAUGUUGUUGAAGAGUUCACAGGUGAACAUCCUGGUCCCAAUGUGAACAAAGCAGACAUACCUACACCAAUAAGUGCUUUUGAAAAAAUAUUUCCUAAAUCGCUUGUGACAAAACUCAGAAGAGAGACUAAUGCUUAUGCAAAAUAUAUAAAAAGAAACAAAGGAGCGGACAAGUACUUGGCUAAAAUCAAAGAUGAUGAUGAGAUGGCAGCAUUUCUAGGCAUCAUGAUAAUUAUGGGUGUUGAUCCAAAAGGGGAACUGAAUGACUAUUGGUCAACAAAUACUGCUUUAAGAAAUGAAAAAAUUUCAGGUGUAAUGAGCCGUAAUAGGUUUCAAAAAAUAUUGCAAUAUUUUCAUGUCAAUGAUGCAAGAAAUGAUCCAGCUAAUAUAAGUAAUCCUGCUGAGAGAGCUACAGAGAGAAGACAUAGACCAAUGUAUAAAGUUGCACCAAUACUGAAAACUGUAAUACAUCAAUCGCAACAGAUGUAUAAUCUUCAUUGUGAGGUGGCAAUAGACGAAGCCAUCAUUGGGUAUAAAGGAAGAUAUAAUGGAAUUCCAACUGUGUUCAUCCAGGGAAAACCCAGAGCCAAAGGGUUCAAAGUAUAUGUUUUGGCAGAUAGUCAUUCAAAUUACGUGGCUAAUCUCAAAUUUAUGACUAGUACUGGAAGUCAUGAAGAGGAUAUGCGAAACGUUUCCAAAACUGCUGCCUUAUGCGAGAAUUUAAUCCAGCCAUUCACUGGAUUACAUCAUGUUCUCUACACAGAUAGUUAUUAUACCAGCAUUGAGAUGGCCAGUAGGCUCCUGGACUAUCACCAUACCUAUGUUGUUGGAAGUAUGCGCCAAGAUAGAAGGGGAUUCCCAAAUGCCCUUCGCACAAAUCCCAGAAGAAACCCAGCAAGUGACAAAGUCAAAAACCUAUGCAGAGGGCAGUUUGCUGCAAGACAGAAAGACGAUCAUGUUGUUGUCUCUUAUAAAGAUUCAAAAUUAUUAAAUCUGCUUUCUACAUGCCGAGAAGGAUUUAGAUUCAAUGAUGGAAGGAUCAACAGAUUCAUCAAGUCACCCACAACCCAUCGAAAAUCUGUCUACAGCCUUCCAGCUCCUGAUAUUGUAGGUGAUUACAAUAAAUACAUGGGUGGAGUGGAUCGUGCUAAUCAAAUACGAUCUUAUUUCACUUCCCAACGUCAGGCCCACAAAUGGUGGAAGUAUGUCUUCUUCUACUUAUUAGAUACUGCCAUUUGCAACAGCUACAUUAUCUACAAAGAAGUAGUUGAUGAGAAGAAAACGCAUAAAGCAUUCCAAGUAGAAGUUGGUUGUGCUAUGAUCGGUGGCUUUUGCUCAAGAAAACAGAGAGUGACGACUGCUGAACCAGUUCUCAAUACAUACAAAAUCACCACCUGGUUAAAGGAGAGGGCAGAGGUGCUAGUUGUAGAAUGUGCAUUAAGAUAG